GCUCAAUUCCCGUCCGCGAUUGACGCAACAUCUUUUUUCCUUUUUUCCCCUUAUUUUUGACCUUGAGCCUUGUCUUUGGGGCUGUUAACUUUUGAUCCCCUUCAAUUUUUUGCCCCGGUUUAGUCCUGGAGGCAUCUAGACUUUUAUGCAACUGAUGUGUCAAGAUGUAGUGAUGGGAACCAGCGAUGGUGGAAGAAUGAUAAUGCCAUGUAGGUACCAUUGUGGUGAAAAAUGUCGUGAGUAUCACACUCCUCUUAGCUGAGAAAGCAUCACCGGAUGUUACUUAUACACAAGCCUUCUACCAUCGCUCGCACUCUCGCCCUGCCUUAGCCUGUGAAGACAGACGGGGAGGCUAUUGGGACAUUUCCAUUCAACUCUUGGACUUGAAGAAACAAGAAGAAACCUCAAGGUCUGAGCUACAUUGUUGGAAAACACUAAGACUAUAGUAAAACCAAAAGACUUGUGAAAUCACGACAUGUUACGUGUAUUGCUGCCAGCUCUAAUGUAUCCAGCCCGAGCUUUCUCUCUCAAAGCCAAGUAUGAAAGGUUUCAUUCACAUCAUGGUCUCAUGAAUGUCGUGAAGGUGGAAAAAAUGCUGGUAUCCGUAUGGUGCUUCCCUGAUGUGCCCCCUCCCAACAUCUCUAUCCAACUUCAUGCCUCGUUCGCAAGUACGCGAAAAGGAAACCGAACUUCCUUCAAAUGCAAUAGUCCCGGUUGCUGGCCUUUCCCAUCCUCAAGGGGGGAAAAGAAAAGGAAAGCUGCCAAAAUCACCCAAUGAAUUCCGUGCACAGCAAAGGCUCCCAUGGCUGCCCCGUAACCCAUACCUUUUCCAUAAGCACUCUCGCCUUGUGAACCUAUUUAAAACAAGAGUCAGCUCAACACUCACCACUCAUGACACCUUUCCCCCCAGCAAGUUUUAGCCACCGGAGUAAUCAAACGUACCUGCGUCAUCCCAUUCCUCUC